AUGUUUCGACCCAGCUCCUUGCUGAGGAACAGCGAGGACACGCAGCCUCGCAUCGAGGCCAACGCGAGCAACAUAGCGCAAGAUUCCAUCGAUUGCGGAGUGACGGCGUGCGGUUGCUGCAAUGGGCCCGGCUGUUUACGGCUCGGCACCUCGACGGCGUUCGUGGCCGCCCUAUCGAUCGUGACGUUCGUGAGCGGUGGCAUCGAGAGCUACUUCCGGUUGGCCGCACAUCAGGCCGCGGCCGAGCUGGGCUUUGACCCGAUCGUGCUCGACUGGCUGCUGGUGACGGCCGGCAUCGCCCAGGGCGUCUUCGCGCUGCUGGUCAGCUACUGGGGCAAUCGGAUGCAUCGGAUUACGUGGCUCGGGGGCCUCUUUAUGCUGCAGGCGAUCACACUGAUCGUGCUGAUUAUCCCGACGCUAACGCACAAUUCCGACGAGAGCAGCACCAUCGAAGCGAUCAAUCUGGACAAGAUGUGCACCUUGGAGCGAUCGGGCCAGCUGUUGGCGGAUCGACCGUACGCCAUCACGACGCUGGUGCUGAUGUUCAUUGCCCAGGUCCUGAUCGGGGUCGCCAACGUUGUCAUUUACGCCCUUGGACUCAGCUACGUGGACGAUAACGUGCUGGAACACCACAGCCUGAUCGGUUGCGUUAUCGGAGCCCGCAUCUGGGGAUCGCAGCUGGGGUUGGCCGUCGGGCUGGCGGUCGGUGCCACCAGCCUCGGAUGGUGGCUCGGCUGGACCAUCAUUGCGCCGGUUACUUUUUUGGCCGGCUUCGCCAUCUCGCUGUUCCCGAAGCGGCUGCUCGCUACGAUGGUCCGCCAGGCGGCGGACGAUAUCAUCGAAACGGCCACCAACGGAAGCACGCAAUCGAUCGAGACCGUACCGGGCAAGUUUUUGGCGGACAUCGGAUUCCUGGCCACUGUCAAGCGGCUUUUCUCGAACAAGAUACUCCUCUGCAACGUGCUCGCCCUGGUGCUGGUCAAGACGGCUAUCGUGAACUACGCCGCACACGAGCAGUCGUAUUUGCAGUCGCGCUUCUUCCUGCCCACCUCGCAGGCCGACGGCAUCAACGACGAGUGGACCUCGCGGCUGAUCACCAACCUGCUGAAACCUCCGGUGGCGGCGCUCAGCGUGAUCGUGGCGGCCCUCAUCAUAGCGAAGGCCAAUCCCUCGGCCCGGAAAUUGGCUGGAUGGAACAUCUUCGUAGGAGUGGUGGCCGUUGGGCUCUUCAUAGCGUUCAUCUUCAUCUCGUGCGGCGAAGAACAGAUCGCAGGAUCGUACCGCGGCCGGAAGCUCAUCAAACCAUUCUGCGCCUCGAACUGUGUGUGCGCCGAAAACGUGCCCUUUACGCCGGUCUGUCCGGUGGACAGUCGCUUCACGUACUUUUCGCCGUGCCACGCCGGGUGCCAGGGUCGGGAGGAGAUCAACAACAUUGUGCUCUACCGGAACUGCACCUGCGGCGUCGAUGUGGACAUUGUGCUCAGCGAGGGAGGCGACGCAACGGAGGGUGCCUGCGGUGUGGAUGACUGCCAGCGGUACUGGAUCGUGUUUCAGGUGCUCACGGUGAUCGUGACGAUGCUGCUGGCCACGGGGCUGACGGGGAAGGUGAUCAUCACUCUGCGCUCGGUGCUGCGCCAGGACAAGGCGAUGGCGCUGGCGGUCGAGCUGACGCUGGUCGGGCUUGUGGUUUACCUGCCCGGCACGGCCAUCUACCAGGUGGUGGCAACCAGCACGUGCCAGUUUUGGUCGGCCGACGAACGGCAGUGCUUCCUGCACGAAACGCCGACCUUCGGUAACAUCCUCAACAUGAUCACGGCGGCACUCAUAAUCGUGGGUCUCAUCUUCGAGAUGGCUGUGUUCUACUUCGUCAAGGAUAUGACACUGUACGGCGACGAGCCGGAUGAUUCCUAUCGGCCAGUGGAGAUGCGUUUUAUACCUCCGGCCCGGUCUCCGACUCAAACCGAGAUGGUACCACUGAACGGGCGAAUGCAGGACACCGUGGCGAACUACGUAGCGACCGAUCACACGGGCUCCGAUUCGGUGCGAUCCGGUUCCGAUACGAUCGUCCCGUCGACGACCGUGCUGCCCACCGUAGAUCCACUGAAUGGUUCGGUGCAAACGAUUCAAAACACUCAGCCAACCUACCAAGCCCGCUCGGUGUCACCGCUGGCCACGUUCGGUGGCGUGAACUAUGCCCAGGUUGUGAAGCAACUGCCGAGAAGGGAAAAUUCGAGCGACGUCGACGAACAGCUGGACUUCCGGUCGGCCACCAGUCUGCCGCGGGCAGACAGCGGUGACAGUGACGACGACAGUGACGAUACCGAUUACCGGCCGAAUGUGAAUCCGGUGCGGGAUUACACCCGUGGCGCUGGAAUGUCGGGUACACCGGGUGGACCAAGCACAGCGGGAGCGCGAACGCAGAACUUCGGCGCCGGACGGCCCAUGAGCCCGGAGACGGACUUUUGAUGGGAAAAAGAAUCGAAUGAGCCAGAGAGGAGUAGAUUCGAAUGUGCCUAAAACCUGUCGACCGUAUCGAUCGGUCCAUUACUGUUCCUAAGAUGCUAAUUGCGAAUGCUUUUAGGCGUAGCUUAGAACUUUUAAAACAAUAUGUAUUUUUAAGUGUAUACGGGAGUCGUUUGAUUCAAUUAAAUUCUAUGACAAUCAGCUCAACAGGAUGACACGGUACCUUUUAGCGAUUCAGGUAAUAUGUAAGUGCGUACGUUGUAAAUUACACCUUAAAAGCCAAGUAGACUUGUAGCAUCAGGAACCUCUUCAUAUGCACCCAAACUAACUUCAUCCCACGAAAGCAAUAGAAAGG